CGAGUACAGUUAGUCAGAGGGACAAUAGUAUAUAGUCGACAUCGCGCUGACGAUCCUCUAAAAUGGCCGAUGUUGAUGACCCGAUUGAAAUAAGUGAUGAUUCAGCCAGUAGUGAUGAAGGCAUUGUGAAAGAAAAGAAAAAGAAGCAUAAACACAAGAAACAUAAGAAGAAACAUUCCACCAGCGACAAACAUAAACACAAACACAAGCGGAAGCGUCACAAACACGACAAAGGAGACGGAGAUGAGAAGGACAAGAAGAAGCCAGGGAAGCUUGAGGAGAGUGAUCUGGAAAGGCUGGAAGCAGCACGGGCAGCAUUAAGAGCUGAACUAAAUGGGGACAGCGGUAAUGCUAUUGGUCUGGUUGCUCAGGGAUAUGGUACCGACUCUGAGGAGGAAGGAGAAAUAAAAGACUUGAGUUACACAGAGGAGCCAGGGUCGACAGGAAAACGGGCAGCGAAAGAAAGAUCUUCUAGCAAAGCAGAUGCAAAGGAUGAUAUAUUGGAUUUGAUUCGUGAAGCUAGAGAAUCACAAAGGCAUCAUCAACGUGGGGAGCGAGGUCAUGGUCGUGAUCAGAAGAAUGGGGUCAAGGAACGAGGGUCAAGGUCACCAAGUCUGACUGAGUUUGCUGAUACGUUACUCGACUCAGUUGAGGUGGGCUCCAAUAAGAGAAGGAGUUCCCCUCACAGACGAAGAGAUGGUUCUCGAGAUCGGGAACGGAGAUCUAAACGUUCUACCUCACCCUCACGCCAGCAUUCCUCCCGCGAUGAGAGACGGGACCGAGAGGGUGACAGACGAAGGGAUGAAGAAAAGAGGGCUGAAGACAGAAGAAGAGACGAAGAAAGGCGACGUGAGGAAGAUCAGCGGAGGGAAGAAGAGCGGCGGAGGGAGGUGGAGCGAAGACGGGAUAGGGAGAAGAGGGAGGAAGAACGACAUCGAAGGCUGGAAGAUGAGCGGCGUGACAGAAGGCAGGAACUUGACAGACGGAGAGAGGAUGACAGAAGGAUGAGACAUAGAAACGGGUCCAGGAGCCCCUUCAGACGGCGAGACGACCGUCGGGAUCGCAGCAGGUCUCGGGACAGGAGACGCCGCCGCGGAGAUUAUUAUUCGAAACCAACUGACAAGUUUAAGGACAGUCUCUCAGAAGGCAUGACAGUGCAGCAUGAAUCGUCUGAUGGUGAAGAACUGGACGUGGAUAUCCCCCAGGACGAGUCUGACGAGGAUGCAGAGAUAGCCAUGAGGAGGAAGAUGAGGAGAGCUCUCGUUAUGCGUUUGGGAGCAGAGUCGGACAUCCCUGGGCUAGAUGUUGCAGGUGACGAGUCUACUCCACCACCAGAAGACAAGGCUGAGGGGCAACGUGGGCACGGAAGCGACUCCUCCUCCUCGUCUGGCUUGGACAGCGAUGACGAUGAUGAGAUGGCCGACCAGGUACUGAGAGACUUGGAGGAAGAGUCGCAGGACUUCGAGAAGUCGAUGGAUGAGAAGAGGAGUGCGCUACGAGACAGCAUUACUAGUGAAAAUGGUGACAAGAAGAAGAAAUCCAAUGGCACAGCGGACAUGUUUGCUGAAGACAAUGACAUGUUCAGUGAAACCUACUCUAGUCCCGGGUUUGUGCGUCCUGUAGGCGGUGUCCAUGACAACCCCAACUUGAUGGACAACUGGGACGAUGCAGAGGGCUACUAUCGUGUUCGUAUCAGCGAGACCCUGGACAAGCGGUACAAUGUGUACGGCUACACUGGCCAGGGGGUGUUCAGUAAUGUGGUGAGGGGCCGUGAUGCUGCCCGCGGGACCCAGGAUGUUGCCAUCAAGAUCAUCCGAAACAAUGAGAUGAUGCACAAGACCGGCUUGAAAGAGCUUGAGUUUCUGAGGAAACUGAACGAUGCCGACCCCGAUGACAAAUUCCACUGUCUCCGACUGUAUCGACACUUCUUCCACAAGAACCAUCUUUGUCUUGUGUUUGAAUCUCUCAGCAUGAACCUGCGUGAGGUUCUCAAGAAGUAUGGCAAGGACAUCGGCCUGCACAUCAAGGCGGUGCGCUCCUACAGCCAACAACUCUUCCUGGCUCUCAAGUUGCUCAAGAGAUGCAGCAUUCUGCAUGCUGAUAUUAAGCCCGACAACAUCUUGGUAAAUGAAUCCAAACUAGUGCUGAAAUUGUGUGACUUCGGCUCAGCUUCUCACGUGUCCGAGAAUGACAUCACGCCAUACCUCGUCAGUCGGUUCUACAGAGCUCCAGAGAUCAUCAUCGGCAUGGGUUACGACCACGCCAUCGACAUGUGGUCAGUAGGCUGCACCAUCUACGAGCUGUACACAGGCAAGAUCUUAUUCCCGGGCAACUCCAACAAUGAGAUGCUCAAGUUUGUCAUGGACGUGAAAGGUAAAAUGCCCAAUAAGAUGAUUCGCAAGGGCAUGUUUAAGGAACAGCACUUCGACGGCAACUACAACUUCCUGUACCACGAGGUGGAUAAAGUCACACAGAGGGAGAAGGUCACCGUGCUGAGCAAUAUCAACCCUAACAAGGACCUAUUGGCGGAGAUGGUUGGAUACCAGAGGCUACCGGACGACCAGCUGCGCAAAGUUGCUCAACUCAAAGACUUGUUGGAACGGACAAUAAUGCUUGAUCCCUCCAAGAGGUUAUCAAUAAACCAAGCGCUCACCCAUCACUUCAUUCAGGAAAAGCUGUAGAUUUCCUGUGACAACGCAAACCAAAAACAUAGACUGAUUUUUUACAGGAACUUUAUCAUUGAACCAGCUUUUGUUUUUGUAUGUACAUAUAUUGUAGGAUUGUAUUGGCUUUGAUUUUGUUGCUAAAAGUUGGUUAAUUUUAUAACACUUUGAGUUAAGUAAUGUUUAACUAUUGGGAUUUAAAUGACGUUGUCAAGAAAUAUCCUGAGUUCUGUAACUUGCAAGAACGUCUGAUGUUGACAUGCUACAUGAUGGUACAAAGUUUUGACAAGUGAAUCAGAUCGACCCCAAUGGGCCUCUCAAUCUGGUAGAUUACGUUUUUCUUUUUAUGGGGUAAAUGAUUUUGAAAAGGCAACAAUUAAUGUAUGUUUUUGCCCAGAUGUUGGAACGUGCAGUAUUGGUAUAUAUACAUUUUGUUUGUCCAUAUGAACAUAGAGCUCUGUUUGAAUAUGGUGUUCUUAUUUAAUCCGCCUUUGUUUCAGAUGUUUGCAGUGGAUGGUUAGGGUUGUGUUAUGCCACCAUCCCUGUCUGAUAAGUGAACAGCCAGAUAAGUGGAUUUCCUUUAUCCAGUCAAUCUGUACGGUAGAAAUAGGAUCUGAAGCUUCUCUACGUUUACAUGUUAUUGUCAUAUGCACUGGUUUGUAACAGGGCUGUAUUUUCCUCCCUUGUGUUUUUAUAGUUUUGACAUAUUUUUAAAGAACACCAUUUUGACAUACAAUCAUAGAGCAGCUCUUGGCAGGGUAUGUUGAAACACGUCCAAGUUAGAAUAUAGAAUAAUUCUGAAAGGGAAACUUUUGUUGAACAGGUUGAAAGCUGUAAUUAAAAUUCAGUCCAGCUGUUUGUAAUGUCGAGCAAAUAUUUCUGUUUUCUCAAAGUUAUCUUAAUCAUACAACACAUAAGACUGAGAAAGCUAUUUGGGGAUUUUGGGACAUCUGCGUAUCAAUUACCAAUUUGAAACCACAUGGAAUUACAGCGAAUAAGUUAGAAUGGGUUUUGAUUAUUUAUUUAAUGAUCAAGCAGAUAUUGGAAUAUGUAACUACAUUAAAAGUAGUUUGUGCUUGGUGACCUCAUUUCCGUAUUUAUUGGAUGUUGACACCAAGUUUAUCAGAUUAGGUCGAUAACACUUUCCAUAAUGAUGAUAGGCAGUAAGCAUCUGUGGACAAUGUUUUAAUACUCACCUACAAAAGAAACACGAAUACCAUACAUGUUGGUUAAUAUAUGAUGAAUUACUCAUAUUCAAGAGAUAUUAGAUUUGUUCAACGUACAAAUGAAUAUACUGUUAUGUUGUGUGAACCGAUGCUCAUGAAAGCAUCAUGUGACGUCAUAGAUCCAUAACUUGAGAUGCACUAUUUCUCUCGUGCAGGAUUAGCGUGUAAAUUUUGGAAAUCACUUGUGGCACAUCGUGAUAAGAAUAAAGACACUCUGUGGUAACAGAGUUGUUAGUUUGGUCAUCAAGUGGUACACACUGGAAACAUCUAUUCAUAACGUACAAACUUCUCUAUAUGUUUCUAUGGUUCGUGUUUCUUUUGGUGGUGAGUAUAGAAAGGUAGAACAUACUUUUGGUGGAAACAUGACUUAUCGCAUAUCAUGCAUUAUUGGACCACUUAUUUCAAUGGUUCGUAGGUUAUCCUUUCAGAGAUGACUUCUGGUAGGAUUUCAGUUUUUGAGUUUUACAGUAUUUUAUUUGUUUUUGACUGCAGAAGCAGUAAGAGCAGCCAUACAUAGGAGACGGUUUGUGGGAACUGUUGUUCAGCCGGUUCCUUUUUAAAGCAUGAAUGUCUGACACAGAGGUUCACACUGAUAUAUCAUGUAUUUUUUGUUAUAUUUGCAAGGAAAAUGGGUCCAUAUUUUGCUGAUUAUGAAGUUAAAUUUUUUUUUUUUUAUAAAAUGAACCCCCAAUAUAAACAAUUGAUCAGCCCUAAAAUGAAACGGCCCGGACUAAUUCAUACUUGCUUUAUUGAUUUUACUUGCCUUAACCGAUAUUCCAUGAUCAGAAUUCCAAUCUCACUUUCAGAAAAAAAUAUCUGUCAUUUGAAUCAUUACGUAAGAUGAGCAACCAGUUUUUCAAAGCCUUGAAAAUACAAUUUUUUAAAAUAAAAAUAAACUAUUAAGAAGCUGAGGUUUGAAAAGAGCAUGCACUAUUUUAACUUUUGUACUUUUUGAAACAUUUGCAGGAUUAUCCGUGAAAGGAGGGGGGAAAUAGUUUGGCUUUUGUACAUAUUUUCCAUGGACAUUGUGAUACAUCAUCAAUAGAAACACAAAUGUAUCCUUAAAAGAUUGUGUAUUCCCUUCUGUGACACACAUGUAACUAUGGAUACCAUAGUGAUGUUCUGCAUGUAAUCAUGGUUACCAUGGUGACUGUAUGAAUGUUUGUUUCUUUAUACAGGACCUACCAUCUCUGGAUGAUUUGUCAAUUAAAGACUUAAGCUGCUUUCAUAAAGUGGUAAUAAUUUUGUUUUUAUGUUUUUUCUUGCCUUGUGACACUUCCUCUGAUAUUCAUGUUGACUUUAGGAGGAAAUGGUACCUUUGUUUAACACUAAGAUGCUCUGCAUCCAAACAGUUCAAUAAGUGGUGCAAGGCAAGUCAUUCUUGUUGCUGUCUGUGACAAAAUGACAAAUCUCACAUUUGCAGAGACAUCGUUAAAUAUGUGUUCUGACUUUGUAAAUGUGAAUGAAUAUAAGUUUUUGAAAGGUUUGAAUUUGUAAUGUAUAAUAAAUACAGUGGAAUCAUGGGAUUUACCUUCAUUCCUAUUUUGUAGUCCAUAUAUCAUUAGGCCUUAUGUUAUUGUCAGUUGGUUUACAAGGCCUGUCAAUAAGAAAAACCGGACAUUGGAAGGAAAAUAAAAUGACUUCUGACAAACAAAUUUUAGGCCAACUGUUUUACAAGUAGGUGAAAUGAAAAAACCCACCAGAUUUCAUCACCUCAUUUUGUAAGAAAUGGUGAAUAUGUAUAAAAAUCUUUAUUCUAACAAAAAAAACACUAUUGUCUUUUGGUAUCGUUUUGUAACUGUAGUUUUAAUGGUGUGACCUGUUAGUCUGGGUCUUUUUUACUAAUAGCAAUGCUUAUCUGGAAGUUUGAAUUAAAAAAAACAUAUUCGACCACAUGUACAUUGAAGUUUCGGCCAAAAUAAUUGUAAACCAACUAGUAAAUGAUGAAAGGCCUAACAGACUUACCUGGAAGUUCUUAGAACUAAAUUCUAAUUGUUUUGAUUUCCUUUCGUUACCACUGCAUUGGCGGAGAUUGACCCCUGACAGGAUGAGUGUCAAGGUCAUCAGUCAACCAAUCACAGAACUCGAUACAGUUGGGGAGCUGAGGAAGUCUUCAGUUUUGAGUAAUGAUAAGUAGUGCCCGAUAUUUACUACCGUGAGUGACGUUUGAGAUGCCUGUUGUCACAAUAGGUGAUAAAUGUACCACUGUGUGUAUUGCAUAGAAUGAAGCGUUCACUGCCCUAGUUAUGGGGUUAAACUGUACUUAUCAAGUGUCAAUAAUUCUUGUAAUAUAUUUAAAACAUAUUUAAUUAAUUUGACAAAUAUUCAAAAAUAGUUUUCAAAGUGACUUUUUUAUAUUCACACAUCUAAUAAUCAGCUGGUAACCAAAAACUGAAAACUGUAUUUUGUGUUCAAAAGAAUGUUGAUCUUUACUAUCAAAUCUGACUUGCCAAAUGUUAAACAUUUGAGGAAAUUGUAAAAUAUUGUGAACGCUCUUGUAACCUUGUUCAUCUUCACACAGGGGCGGUCGGGUAGCAUAGUGGUUAAAGCGUUCGCUCGUCACGCCGAAGACCCGGGUUCGAUUCCCGACAUGGGUACAAUGUGUGAAGCCCAUUUCUGGUGUCCCCCGCCGUGAUAUUGCUGGAAUAUUGCUAAAAGCGGCGUAAAACCAUACUCACUCACUCAUCUUCACACAUUUAUUUGUCUGCACCACAGGGCGGUACUCACAUGUAUUUAUUGGACAAGUAACAAAACACUAGAUGAGUCCUUGGUUUCUGAAAGAUAUCCCGACUCAAUUCUGACACCUACUGAGGUUUGCUACAGUAUUCAAGAUAGAUGUAGCAUUUACUAGUUGCUCUUGACUACUCCAUGGGAAGAUCAGCUAUAUUAUUCGGGAUAGAUGCAGCAUUUACUAGUUAUUCUUGACUAGUCCAUGGAUAGAUGUAGCAUUUACUAGUUAUUCUUGACUAGUCCAUGGAUAGGUGCAGCAUUUACUAGUUAUUCUUGACUAGUCCAUGGAUAGAUGCAGCAUUUACUAGUUAUUCUUGACUAGUCCAUGGAUAGGUGCAGCAUUUACUAGUUAUUCUUGACUAGUCCAUGGAUAGAUGCAGCAUUUACUAGUUAUUCUUGACUAGUCCAUGGAUAGAUGCAGCAUUUACUAGUAAUUCUUGACUAGUCUAUGGUAAAGCUUGCUACCAUAUUUCUGAUAUAGCCAUUACCUGUUAAUGUUGACUAGUCUAUGGGAGGAUCAGCUACAGGGAUUUGAACCAAAUAGUGUCUUGCUAAGUGACCAAUCUGGCCCAAUGUGAAGACACAGUACAGUCAAUGAGGAACGUUUGUAAAAGGCAGACUUUGGAUCGACUACUUAUGACAAAGGUUUUGACAAGCUCUUAAGUCCUUAUUGCAGAUUAUACUACAGCCCGGGGACCUGCUUUUCACUCAUUGUAUUCCACCGAAAAUGUACUAAACAAAUUAUUUUCAUUUCUAGGUACAGUCUUGGAGGAGGCAGCGGUGGAGCUCUUUAUAAGGUUAACACAAAAAGAAAUGAGAUUAAGUACUGGUAACGAUAGGGAGCAUGAAAUGCAUGAAUAUGCAGUGCCCAGCAUCAGUAGGGUUCCAAGAUGUUUCCUUUCUGUAUACAUUGGAGAUAUUCAACUUUUAUGUGUUUCUAUUUUUGUAAAUGUAGUUCAAAUUUGCUAUUGGUUCAAUUUAUAUGUUUUGUUUGUCGUCCGAGGGACAGGAAUUGUUUAAGAAUGUUCAUCCCUCAGUGUGUGGAGGACACUCCAGGUUGAUAUGAAUAGUUGGUUGUGGUGCACCGAGGGUAUAGGUUCUACAGCCUUCUCUUGUAGACAAGAUGAAACAGCAGUCCCCCAAAAUACACCUUUACGAUUAUUAAUAUAGAUUUUGGCAUAGGUAAGGUGAAAUGGGGUUUAAUGUCACAUUCAGGUUUUUUGCUCUUUUGCAAGGGGUGCGCUUAUACUAGUUCAGACUUAUGCCAGUUUUAUAGUGCUAGCCCACAGAGAACCUGCCUCAGUUUAACAUGUAUAUCCAAAUCAGACACUCUGUACAAACGAGCCGAACAUUCCUUGUUUUAUUCCCUUAAUGCUGCGCACCAGGCAGAGUAACAACAAGUAUCAACUUUUAACAUCUUUUGGUUUGACACAGCCAGGGAUCAAACAACCAAUCUUUCUGUACCGGGCAGAUGCUCUAUCCACGAGACCAUGGCUAAGAUUGACAUAUUGUAUUUUGUGCUCUUGAGAGUGAGACUAUUCACAUCCUUGUCCAGAUUGUCCCUACCUAUAAUAUUCCUAAAACAAUAAAUAGGGAAUAUGUUUGUGAAAAUUAAAAUAAUUUACACUGGAUAAAUCUUCAAGAAUUCUAGAAUUGAUAAGAUAUGUUUCUUUAAUCAGGGCAUACCCAGUUAUAUGAAAUGUUAGGAAGGUUUUUGUUUUUAUUCUUAUUUGAAACCCACAAUGUUCGCAGCCCUGGUGCAUCACUAUGGUAAUACGAUCACAUCCGAAAAUAUUGUUUACCUCAAAACAGUGAAAAUACCUUAGUUGUAUGUUGUCAAUGGAUGGUCAAUCCACUUUCAAUCAGUUCUUUAACCAACUUAAUCAGGUCAUCUCUGUUUUAAUUUCACAGGUAGGCCACUUUUCUUUCUUCAUUACAUACAAUGAUUCUUCAAUCAAGUUCCAUCACUGUUGGCCAUGUUGGGCAUCAUGUGAUCCUAUAAUCAGCCAAUGAGCAUAUGGGUGUCUGUCAUGUGACCAGGAAGUGUCAGGUGUCAUGUGAUUUCAACAUCAACAAGUAAGGAUGAGAUGCUUCUUCAUUGUGUCAGCUUCCACCAGCCUGGUGGGAGGAGUCAGCUGUCAUGUGACCAGCCAGCCAACCAAUGAGUCCAAAGAAGACAAUGAAACUGUUCAAGUUGUAUAUCAUUUGAGGUUCUGGUUACUAUAUUACGUUAGCUGCCGUUUGUAACAUUUUGUACAUUGAAUUGUUUAUGGCCUGCCAAUAAUUAGGUCAUAUCAACACCAUAUCAGUUUGUUUGUAGCCAGGCUACCUUUCUGUAAGUUUCAAAAUGAAUGUUGAUAUUAAUUUCAAUGACUUGUAUUUUUGCUGUGUAGAAAAAUGUAUGAAAUAAAUUUGCUGGUAUGGUA